AUGGCUCACACUGGGCUAAAAACCGCCGUACUCAAACCAGCCAGGCGACAUCCCACAAAGCAGCGGGCAAUUAAGAAGCGGCAGGGAAUAGCCGAACGCAGCCGGCACAGGAGAAUACACUACAAACUUACCUCUGACCAUCCAGAACGAGUGGAGGCCAAGCAGAGAGAUCUGCGCAGCCACUCCUGUCAACGGGCCACCCGUCAAGCGUUGGGACCCCCCACGGAGGAGAAUAGAGAAGCUGCCCACUUCUUCACAUGGCCUAAGAGCUUUCCAAAUAAGGGGAUCGGCUGA